AUGCUCGGGGGUUUUUUUUCGCGCAGCAACGUGCGAGGGGGCAAACGGUGCCAACGGGAAACGGCCUUUUCCAUUCGGGGGAUCCGUGAGCGAGCAGGAAUUCCCGCCGGACAGCGGAAGGGCCCGGCGCGGCCGGGGGACGCGGCGCGGGCGGCAGCGCUGCUCGGAAGCGGCGGAGCUUUCAGGUGUGGUUCCUCGGAUGCCUACGGAGCUAUAAAUAGAGGAGCUGUGGCAGGCCACGGGAAAUGCGUUCCGGCGUGCAGGGUGAUCGUUCACAUUGACCUGGACUGCUUCUACGCGCAGGUGGAAAUGCUCCGGAAUCCGGAUUUGCGAGACAAGCCUUUGGGUGUGCAACAGAAAAACUGUGUAGUUACGUGUAACUAUGAAGCCAGAAAACUUGGAAUUAAGAAAAUGAUGCUUGUGAGGGAUGCUAAAGAGAAGUUUCCUCAGCUGACACUGGUUAAUGGAGAGGAUCUAACUCAAUACAGGGAAAUGUCGUACAAAGUUACAGAUUUGUUGGAAGAAUUUUGUCCACUGGUGGAAAGGCUUGGGUUUGAUGAAAACUUUGUGGAUAUCACAGAGAUUGUAGAGAAAAGACUGAAACGGCUCCAACAAAGUGGGUGCUCCACAGUAUGUGUGUCUGGCCAUAUAUACAACAACCAAGCUCUGGAUUUCCAGGACCCCGUGCACGUGAGGCUGCUCCUUGGCUCCCAGGUGGCCCGAGAGCUGCGGGAAGCUCUGCACGCCAGGCUGGGCCUCACGGGCUGCGCCGGGGUGGCUGCCAACAAAGUGCUGGCCAAGCUGGUGUCUGGGACCUUCAAACCCAACCAGCAAACCCUGCUCCUGCCUGAAAGCUCCCAGGCCCUCAUGAGCAACCUUGAGCACAUCAACAAAGUGCCCGGCAUUGGCUAUAAAACUAGUAAACGCCUUGAAAUGCUGGGUCUUAAAAGUGUGUGUGAUCUCCAAGCGGCUUCACCUGCUGUGUUAGAGAAGGAACUUGGUGUUUCUGCUGCUCAGCGUAUCCAAAAACUCAGCUAUGGAGAGGAUGACUCCCCGGUGACUCCAUCGGGCCCUCCUCAGUCCCUUAGUGAAGAAGAUUCCUUUAAAAAAUGUUCAUCAGAAGUGCAAGUUAAAGAGAAAAUUGAAGGGCUGCUUGCUAACCUCCUAGACAGAAUACACAAAGAUGGAAGAAAACCACACACAAUAAGACUGGCCAUCCGCCAGUUCUCAUCAACUAAUAAGUGGUUUAAUCGGGAAAGCCGUCAGUGUCCUAUUCCACCUCAUCUCAUUCAGAAAUUUGGAAAAGGUAAGCCUGGAAUUUUUGAAAGUACCCACUUUGUGCUGCUGUCUUUCAACUUGCCUGAAAGUU